CGCGAAGUUGAUGUUAUACGGAUGUGUUACAAAAACGAGCGCAGGCUGCAAAUCAUUCUUCAAAGCGGGUUUCAAAAUUUCAGCAGACAGCAGUUUACCUAGUAAGCAAAAUACAGCGGUAAUCUUACUUCGGGUUUGCCUAAAAAUACACUGGAGGUUUAGGGUUUCCAUUCGAAAAUGCCGCCUACAGUUUCUUGCAAUCGAACCAUUGCACCAGAGCUGUGAGUCGUGAGCAAUCACAGCUCCGGCUAGCAGAAGGAACACUGAAAAACAUUUAUACGGUAGGCAAAGACAGUAGUAUUUUUUCAUUCAAUUCGUAUUCGAUCGAGCUUUGCAUUGAAACGACAGCAUUCUAUCUGGGGCGUCCAACAUGUUCGCUUCAGGUGGCAGCCCAAAAUGUGACUCGCGACAGCGAUGAGGGAAUAUCGAAAAUGGUGAAGGAUGCCGGUCUUGUCGUUUAACGACCAGUAUCAAAUGUAAAAAUGUCUGGGUCUGGAAGGAUGCGAACUUGUGAUGCGUGUUGCGGAUCAUACAAAAAUCUGUGUUGCAUGACUUGCAAAAGGUCCCCAUUUCUAGCCAUGCCGAGGGGGCAUUUCUCAUGCAGAAUAGGCAUCACCAAGGGGCAGCAGAACCUGUGAUGCUAGGCCCUGCAUUCGAGACUUGGCGGAGCUUGGAAAAACUGCAUGACAAAUCUCAGAAUCUUCCAGACCCAGACAUUUUUACAUUUGAUAACCAGGCAAAGAGCGAAGCCGCAUGUCAGACCUUAACUACCCUCCUCGACGGCCAAAGCAAGUUUGCGGGCGGAGUCCAUGUCUUCUGCGCCUGCGAGCCCGACGCGCUCUGCGCGUACUGUCUUUUUUUGAUACUGCCUCGUAGCUAAUGUUGCAGUAAGUGCUGUGCUACGCCUACCACUUGCAAUUCCAUUUUCCAUGCACAACGUUUUCUUUCGAGUUUUUCCGUGCCGUCAUGUAAAGUUUCCGUUAUUUUCCCUUCAAGAACUACACUCCCAAUGCAAUGACAGGUUGAAGAUACUCGAGCACAUAUGCGAGCUAAGGCAUAUCUCACUCGCACACGUGCCUGCCACCGAUUGGGAGGCCGUGGAGGAGCACAUUGCGAGGUGGGAUGCAGAUGACAGCGAUGUCCCGGGGCUUCUGCUUUUUAUCGGCCUCGGGUCGACUCGAAACCUCCCAGAAUUUCUUGCGUCGAAAGAAACACUUCCUGAGCAAACGAAGCUACUCUGUACUUGUUACGUCGAGGUUUUUCUAACAACCGUGAAUUUUCAAUAUUGGUAUAUAAUUGCGUUGAACAUUUUCACGAAAACACGAUCGGCUGCAAGAAACCACACUACAACAACCGUCAGGUCUUGACGCACACCGGCCAGUGAAGUGGGAGAGCGUGAGUACAGCGAGCGACCGGGUGUACAUUAUUGAGCACGAUCCGUGCAACGCUGAGAAUCCGGAUUUGGAUCUGGGGCUGAUUGCCAAGAAGGCUGCACAGUCGGAGACAGAGCUGAUGUUCGACGAGGAGGAAGAGGAUCCGUUCCUCGACGAAGAGUACGACGGCGGGGGGCGACCGCUGAAGAGGCGGCGGAUCGGGCCCGAGGGGUUGGAACUAUCCAGGAAAAAAAGUGUGUAUAGUGUAACUUUCUUUGAGAAACAGCAUCACAAAUUUGCUCUACAUGACAGAGAAAACCUGUCAUGCGUGACUUGUAAGGGAAAACACACGUGAAAAGAGGACUUCGUGGCUAUUUGGCAUGACAGGUGUAACCCUUUUGCAUGUUCUGCAACACAAAUACACAGUUUUUUUCUUUCAUAGGAACUGCCGAAGGACUACUACCUCUACUCCUGGUACGCCGCUCCGUGCGCGUGCACGGCCUUCCAAAUCGCGAAAACGCUAAAAUUGGCGGACAAGGAGCUGCUGUGGCACGCGGCGGUGGGCACCAGUAUGUACCGGGAGUGGACGCUGUCCCACCGCGAGGUGGCGGAGGAGCACAUGGAGGACAUGCACAAGUUCCUGCAGGACGAGGGCUGCAUCCCGGACCUCGUGCGGGAGGCCCUGCCCAAGCAGCUCCAGGCCGGUGGGUCCUCGUCCUCGACGGCACCUCCGGGUAGAAGUAGACUGCUCGACAGCGUCAAGGACGGGGAGAUCACGCGCACGCAAAGGAACAUGCGCUACGACCACGACCUCUGCGCGUUCAUGUACCGGCACUGGAAUUUGAAGGAAUCCUUCGGGCAUUCCUCCUUCCCCUACGGAAAAAUUCGCCUGCACAAGGAGGGCGGCACCGGCAUCUUGGAGCACAUGUUUUCCGAGGCUGGGCUGAAGUAUGAAGAAACCACCGAGCCGUACCCCUCCUUGUCCCAGCGCAUAAAAACGAAGGUUGUGCCUUUCAUCAAAGAAACCGCACGCAGAUUCAAUAUCGAGGGAAUCAUGUACUUAGUUGCUGCACAGUUUUUGGCUUUUUUGUUUUCCGCUUUCAACCUUACUUUUCUCGUGAUUUUUCGGUAUCGGCCUACUUCCUCCAACCCGAUGAAGUCUGUCAUCAUCGCCAAACAAGAUGUUGAAACCACGAUGUCAUCCGCUCUAUCUCGAACUGCGUACAUCUUCUUUGUGCAUGUGCUGCUGGAUUGCUCUCUUGGGCGCUCACUGUAAGCUGCGAGUGACAGCACGGUAAUUUUUCAACGUUGCAAAAAAACUCGACUACAGAGGGAAGCAAUGGACGCGGAAGGUUCAUCGGCUGGCCACGGCGAGCGAAGACAACCAGUAUCAGAGCCUGAACCUGGACACCUGGACCGCAGAAGAGAUCGUGCACGUGAUAACCGCUCACCUCGAGUUUGGACUGUCGGACGGAUUCAGGGGCGUACUCGAGAACGAGGAGCUGAAUCAGCCGGAAAUGCGCGACCGCGCGCUGCUCGAAGUGCAGAGGACAAAUCAGGUGCUUUGCUUACAAGUUUUUGGCAGUACGCACACAUGACUGCACCGCAUCGAGCAGGAUCGGCCAAGUUUUUUUGCAAUCCCUGAUUAGUGUGACUACACUAGGUAGUAGUACUUGGCGCAUCUGUAUCAUGCUCCGCCGUUCUACUUAGGAUCAUAAAUAAAAUCCUUCUCUUUCACAGCGGAAGAAUUUCACAAAGUGCAUCGCUUGUCUUGGGUACGCAGACGUGGAGCUGUUUCGUGAGGGCUUGAACUCGGCGCUGACCAUUCAGAAAGAGAUUGUCUCUAAGGCGAAGGAGCUCAUUGAGGCGAAGAAGAUCUACGGCCACAAGGGCAUCUUCAAGCACUGCGUUUUCGAAGUGGGGACGAACGAUUUGUUUCGGCGCCCCAUGAUCGUUCGCAGGCUGGCGCUCUGGAUCAUGGAGGUCACGCUCAAAUACGCGCUGAAAAAGGAGCACAAGGUCCUUCCGCACGUCCUCGUCGCGCACGACCAAACUCGAGAAAAGUACUUAAAGUUCUUUGUUCCGAUCUGCGUUUGUCGACAAGAUGAAAAAUAUAUUUUUUCUCUUUUUCAUGUAUACUGUGGUCGUGGAAGCAUUCUUCGGGUCGUUGGCAAAGAUUGCGAUCAGCAUCUCGUUUCUCACAGGCACCUUCUGGUCGGAGUGUCGCCGCUGGCAGACAGGCACGAGAAGAAUCGCUGCAGUAGCCGUAUAAUGUCCAGCCUGCAGAAGCUCCUCGCGGAAGGCGGCACUGCCCGGGCACACAACUACGACUUCUACGAUACCAGCGUUGUCGAAAUCGUGGACAAGGAUUGGAAGCGCUUUUGGUCCGCCUUUCGAGGCGCGUAACGCCGCCGAAGCUCUGCGCUGCCUCCGCGCAAAUUUUUCAAAACCCAUUUAUGUCAAUUUAAUAUACUCAUUGUUACAACUGCAGAAUGCGUCGUCGCAUUUUCACAUUACUCAUUUCAAUCACAUCAAGUCAUUGUUUUUUUUACACUCUUGUUACAAGCAAUCAGAAUCACCUUCGAGUUUUGGAUUAAAUAGUUAAGGACGGUUUCUGGAAAUCCGCAGCCAGAAGCAAGCACCAAGUGGGCGAGGUUAAAAGACCUCACGAACCAGCAACAAUGAACCCAUUCGCGUCUUGCACUCACGGGCAAGGGUGUCUGUACCAAUUCUGAUGGAUUACGUACAGUGCCAGUCCUUCUGCAUCUCCUCCAUGAAUGGUGGAGCUACAACAUGAGUUGGUUCUUGAGUUGGCCGUCGCUAAAAAAUGUGUCCUUGCUGCAACAGCCAGG